GGCGGCUUGCAGGUGAUGGCAGUCCAAGAGGUGAAGAAGGUGCGGCAGCGCCUGGGCGAGUUGCGGCAAGUGAAACCAUUCCCACGUAACGACACCGUAACUAUCCGCACUAGAAAGUUCAUGACCAACCGACUACUUCAGAGGAAACAAAUGGUCAUUGAUGUCCUUCACCCCGGGAAGGCAACAGUGCCUAAGACAGAAAUUCGGGAAAAACUAGCCAAAAUGUACAAGACCACACCGGAUGUCAUCUUUGUAUUUGGAUUCAGAACUCAUUUUGGUGGUGGCAAGACAACUGGCUUUGGCAUGAUUUAUGAUUCCCUGGAUUAUGCAAAGAAAAAUGAACCCAAACAUAGACUUGCAAGACAUGGCCUGUAUGAGAAGAAAAAGACCUCAAGAAAGCAACGAAAGGAACGCAAGAACAGAAUGAAGAAAGUCAGGGGGACUGCAAAGGCCAAUGUUGGUGCUGGCAAAAAGGUGAAGUGACUCACUGGAGGAAGGUGAGUGCUUUACCCAGUAGGCACUUUUUAGCUUGCACUUGGGAAAUGCUGUGUCCACAUACUUAGGAAAUGGCUUCAGUUAACACUGGGCUUGGGAAGGGCUCUCUUAUUCAAGGAGCAGUCUUCUCUGGAGCCAUGAAACCAGCCUGGCAGCUCUGGUAAUAAACUAGUCUGUGAAAUCCGGCAAAGCCUCUGUCCUGUUUGGAUACACGCAAAGCUGCCUUUUACCAUUUCCAUUGCUUUUUAUUAAUCUCCCAACUUUGUGCCUGGUGUCUUUUUUUUUUUUUAAAUAGAAAAUUUUUGAGGUAAUUAUGUAUUCAUAUAAAAGUCUUUGGUGGAUAUGCUUUUUCCCACAAGCACUUGGUUAGAAUGGCCCAUUACCUCAUUUAUUUAUUUUUUGAGACAGGGUCUCGUCACCCAGGCUGGAGUACAGUGGCAUGAUCAUGGGUUACUGUACCUCCCGGUCUUGGGUGAUUCUCCCACCUCAGCCUCCCUUGUAGCUGGGAGUACAGGUGCCACCAUGCCCUGCCAAUUUUUUGUAGAGACAGGAUUUAGCCGUGUUGCUCAGGCUGCUCUUGAACUACCGGACUUGAGCAGUCUGCUUGUCUAAGCCUUCCAAAGUGCUGGGAUUACAGGUGUGAGCCACUAUGCCCAGCCUGUUACCUCAUUUAAAAGAAAUUUUGCACAUCUGAACAGCCUAAAAUUGUAAUGUGUAAAGUGGGGUAGGGGUGGGCGUAGUGGGAUUUUGAAUCAAUGAAGGCCUUGUGGCAUCCUUUUGCAGUGAUUCCCUGCCAGGCAAGGCAGUAAUGGGAUUGCCUG